CUAUUUGCUUCCUAAUUGGCUGGGCUGCUGUCGGUGGAAUAGCGAUGAGGAGAGAUAAUGCGAGUAGAAUUGGUAAAUUCAUAUCUCAGAUGAAGGUGUGAAUGUACAGACACGCAUUCCUAACAAAUUUCCUAAAUAAACUAACGAUUGGUUGCAACUCCUGAGGAGUACCAGAAAACCCUCUAAUAACCGAAAUGGCCGCCGUCCGGGCUUCUCAUUGUUAAACGACCAACAAGUGUUUAUCUAUGGAGAUUGAGCACCCAUACAAAUCAAACUACAGCGAUCUCUCAAAAGGCGUGCAGAAUAAGGUAGUAUUAAUCACCGGCGCUGCAUCUGGUAUCGGACGUUCGGCUACAAUUGAGUAUCUUAAACUCGGUGCCAAAGUAGCAGCUUGCGAUAUAAACCUCAGCCGUCUACAGUCGCUUGCUGAGGAGCUCUCAAACCCAACUGAUCUCCUCAUCGCAAAGGUAGACGUUACUGAAUAUGAUGAACAAUACAACUUUUUUACGGCAGCUGUCGAGAAAUACGGAAGGAUAGACGUAGUAUGCGCCAACGCGGGUAUAAAUCCUUCAGCAGAAUUCAUGAAUCCAAAUUUACCGGCUAACGUUAAGCCCGAUUUGAAGGUCGUCGACGUGAACCUCACUAGCGUGCUUUAUACAUCUCACCUAGCAGUUAGAUACUUCCGGGAGAACACUGUCGCGAAAGAGGGCGAAAAAUGUCUUAUUUUGACCGGUUCAAUCGCCAGUUUUCAUGCUUUACCAGCUACAGGAAUGCCAUAUUCGGCCGGUAAGGCCGCCAUUUUGAGCCUUACACAAUCGCUUUCUUUGCAGGGCCAAAUCGAAGGUUUCAGGUGUAACUGCAUCAACCCAUGGUUUGCAGACACGAACAUUCUCAAUAAAUCCAUGAGAAUGAUAUUGAAAGGUCUUCCUCUCGCUUCGGUCGAUAUCGUCUCCCAGGCAUUCAUUUUGGCCACUGCUACAGACGCAACCGACCAAGCAUGGGUUAUUGAUGAACACGGCUUGUGGACAUUACCGAACCCCGCAAUUAAAAGCCAGGUAAUUGAGGCAUUUAUGAACAGAUUCUUCAUUGGGAUGAAAAUCAAGAGGGCAAUACGAAAUGGCAGCUUACAACGCUACUUGGCUAUGUCUACCGUCGUAAUUGGCGUAUUAGCAGCUGGAUAUAGAUACUGGAGAUAAUGGAACAUUUUAUUAGUUAUUAAUAUAGAUAUAUUUAUGCAUCCUAUUCUUUA